GCGGGAUUACGUUUCAAAAAAUCGUUCAAGUUCGUAACGAUUUUAACGGAAUUUUUGGCAGUGUGUGAAUAAAUUUUUUUUUCACAUUUUUGAGGCAUAAUAUUUGGAGUUUAUUAAAAUUCAGUGAGGAAUGUUUAUUAACUGAGUGAAUUCAGUUGAAAACGGAUGAGAUCAAUAUUAUUUAUGUUAAAUAACGUAUUAAUAUAGUUUUAUAAUUGGUGGUGUUACACAAAUCUGUGGGUGUGAAGCAGAAGAUUGCCCAAGAUGGCAGCAAACAACUUUCCGCAUCAGCGGUGAAUAAUGACGACUUUCAGACCUUGUUGAAUUAAAUUAACAUAAAAUCAGAUUGACUUAUGCAUCACAAUAAUGACAACAAGUUGACUAAGUCCACUAAGUCGAACAAAUUACGUGAGCAAUGCAUAAUAGAUAGCGAACUUUUAUUCAGCGGGGCCGGACGUUCAUUUUGAUAAUUUUAAGUGUUAUUUCACUUUUUAUCAAUUUAUCAUAAACAAAGUCUUUCAGUUUUCAGGAAAGUUACGUUCUUCCAAAUAAGAUAAUCACGACAGUUUUUUAAAUCCACAAUCACCAUGGACGAAAUAAAUAAAAUUUUAAUGGGAUCUGCAGAAAUUAUAAAAGAUCGAUUUUAUUUUAAAACAGUUCCAGACAAACUUAGAAAUACACCAAGUAUUCAUUGCUUUAAUAUAGACGAGGAAUUCGUCUAUGAAAAAUUUUAUGCGGACUUUGGUCCCUUGAAUUUAGCCAUGUUGUACCAGUAUUGUGAGAAAUUGAACGGAAAACUGAAAUCUGCUUCUUUUAGAAAGAAAAAAAUUGUUCAUUACACAUCAACGGACCCGGAAAAAAGAGUGAAUGCUGCUUUUCUCGUUGGAAGUUAUGCAGUGAUUUAUUUAAAGCGCACAGCCAAUGAAGCUUAUGAACUUCUUACGAAUAAUCAAGAUUUUCAGCCAUUUGAAAUGUUUCGUGAUGCGUCAUUGCGAGAGCCUUGUUAUAGAAUAACAUUAAAAGCAUGCCUCAGUGCUGUUUAUAAGUGCCAUCAACUUGGUUUCUUCAAUUUCGAUGAUUUCAAUCUUGAAGAAUAUGAACAUUUGGAGAAAGUUGAAAACGGUGAUUUAAACUGGAUUGUACCUGGAAAAUUUAUAGCCUUCUGCGGACCUCAUGCCACAUGCAAAAUUGAAAACGGAUAUCUUUUACAUGCACCGGAAUCGUAUUUCAAUUAUUUUGAAAGUCACAAUGUAUCGACAAUUGUGCGAUUAAAUAAGAAAAGAUAUGAUGCGGCAAGUUUUAUCGAAGCUGGUUUCGAUCAUAAGGAAUUAUUUUUCGUCGAUGGUUCACCGCCGACAGUUGAUAUUGUUCGGCAAUUUUUGAAAAUAUCUGAGAAGGCACGUGGCGCUGUUGCAAUACAUUGUAAAGCUGGCCUAGGAAGAACAGGAACACUAAUUGGCUGUUAUAUUAUGAAGCACUAUCACUUAACAGCACACGAGACGAUUGCUUGGAUACGAAUUUGUAGGCCUGGCUCGGUUAUUGGCCCUCAACAACAAUGGCUAGAAGAAAAAGAAACGUAUUUACAUUCAUUGUGUAAGGAACCACUACGACCGAAAAAUGGAAAUCCCGUUCAUGAAUUUGGAAUUUACUCGAGAUUGGUAAAAGCACCGCAGGAUAAUAUAAGUGGAAUAAUCCAUCGUGUUGAUGCAAUGAAUCUAGAGGAACCUACAGCUAUCGCGAGUACAAGUGGUCCCAGAUUGUCCUAUUUGACUCAAGGUGACAAACUCAAUCAAAUCAAAGCAAGACGCACUGUUCGCGCUGGAAAUUGUGCUCCUGUUAAUAAUUCAACCCGAUCAACACGUGUCGUACAGCCUUACAUGGGACUUCUACUUCACAGCAGGGGUAUAUUUCGACCUGAAAAAAGAACAAGUCGGAUUGUGGAAUACAGCAAUUAUCGCCAAGAAAUUCUCAAACCAACCGCACAGAUUCACAACAACAACAACAAUACCACCGCGAAUCAUCCUGUCGCAAAUUCAAUAUCAAAACCAGUGACGAGAAAGAGUCCAAAAGCUGAAAUGCAGUCGACUAUUUCCUCGACGAAUCAUUCUGUUCAACUUUCGUCAAACAAGAAUCAUUUGGAUGAACGCAUUGCACGUCAUCAUUCACUGCGACAAAAUGGCGGUUUGGUGAAUAUGAGCAGUGAAAAUCCACCUCAACGAAUUAGAACCAAACCUACCACACAAUUUCAUGAAAGAACUACAACAAAAGUAAUUCCUGUAAUAAAAUCUGCUUCCACAACGAAACCAGUGACAAGAAGUUGUGUGAGGACAUUGAGAGUUGAUGAAAGCAACGUUGUUCCAGCCUCACCAACAGCAAUUCCAUUAAACGAACGUAAUCUCCGAUCUUCUGAUCGAAUUAGCCGAUAUUAUUCUCUCAAGCAUACGCGCACUACAAAAAGUUACAAAAAAGCAUUUAUCAGAUGACUAACCGAUAUUCUCAGUGGCGUUGAAGAGGGCACACAACUUACACCUCGACAAUCUCGCCAGCGUCGAAGAUCUCAUCGCUUCAACCCCAUCAUUCAAUAAAGUAACACAAUCAUCAUCGGAAUCCACAAUUUUUCAAGAAAGAAAAAAAGAAAAUCAUUUUCUUUUAAAUAUAUUUUUGCACACUCGUCAUAGUUAAAAUGACAUAAUUAUGGUUUCUAGGAUUCUGGAAAAAUUUUACCACUUCAUUUUUUGUGGAAAUAUUAAAAGCAAAAAAGAAAAAUGUGUCUGUAGUUUUAAAACUGUAACGAUCACUUUCUACCAUGAUUUUUAUUAGGCAGAUA